AUGCAAGACGUCCGUCAGCUCUCGAGGCUACGAUCGGCUUGUUCGAAAAGUUCACAAAACCACAGUACCACAAACAAUAAUAACGAACACAACCUCUAUCCAACAAAACAACUCAAAAUUCUCUUCAAGAAGAUUACUCUCACUCUAUUGGCCAUUGUCACGCCAUGCAACUCGCUUGCUGCAGCACAAACUCAAGAAGGCCAGGAGGGUCAAUCCCCCGCGAGUGAACCAUUCACCUGCGAAGCCGCCAAUGAAUGCAGAGAUUGUGCAAGCAAUGGAUGUACCUGGACCAAAGGAGCCUGUCAAGAUCACUGUGAGGACAUGUUUGAUCUGAGAUGCUACAGCACUGAGACCCACCCCUUUUGGGCAAACAUUAUCGACUACAUGUGUGAAGUUGCAGACAAGGAUGAAGAGAACUGGGCAACCUGUGGUUCAAAGCAGGACUGUGCCACAUGUACCUACACAAUGAUACAUGAAGCUGUAGAUGAGGGGUAUGAGCAUCCCUGCUACUGGCACCUCGAGGACCUUGCUGGUACUGGUAGUUGCAAACCAACAUCAGUUGAUGAAGUUGGAGGGACCAUUGGAGCAGACACGUGCUUGGAACGGUGUUUCUUGGGAGGCACUUAUAGCUGUGCUUCGUGCCUGGAUAUGGGAUGCAGUUGGACCGGCGACCUUUGCAUUCCUUCCUGCAAUUCAGAUUAUUUGGAUGAUAUCAACUGCUACAGCCAAAGCUCUCACGACAACUUACAAGAAGGCAAUGGCACAAUGAUUGACAAAAUUUGUACUCUGGCAGAGGUUGAAUAUGGAGACCGCAAUGUGUGCUCAGUCCAAACUGAUUGCCACGAAUGCUUGGAAACUUACAAGCAUGGUGGGGACACGUGUCAGUGGUACACUGAUGAUGUCACAGGCUGGGGCUGGUGUGGCACAGGUGAAUGCGAUAGCUUUGGCAACUGUGGAACCACCACUUGCCAGCAUGGUGGUGUACGUGGAUCCAGCAAAACGCCUUAG